UUCUUUAUUAUGGGAACAACAGUAUAUUAUCUUUUACCAACAACCACAGGCACCAACUCAAAGAUCAAGCUGUUCAACAAUGUACUUCUCUCGAUUGAACAAAGAUGGUGGACAAGCUGCUGCACAUAUUGUGACGGAGUGGCAAACAUCCUCCUUAGCCGUGCAGUCAAAACGAGGUCAGUGACAGAGGAAUGGUCUGGCUGUUGUGCAACAGAACCAGCCAAUGCAUGUACAUGGUCGGUGAUGUUGGGCCAUGUGACUGCAAAGCCUUGCCACAUUCUUUGUUUUCUAUACAAAAGAAAGGCCAUGGUCUGUGAUGGGCUCUUUGAUUUAGUGUCCUCUUGGGAUAAUCCAAUUAGUACUGGCUUUUCGAUUGUUGGAAAAGGUGAAAAGUCUGAUGUAUAUGGACACUGUUUAAACUUCAAAUCAUGUAUGUACCUUAGAUUAUAAAAAUCAGUGCGAGAACUUUGCAUGUUCAUUGUUGUAGAUGGAUACAUUCAAUUGAUUAUAUGACUGUUCGUUGAAAUAUCAUCAUAGAUAAUGUUGAAACUUUUGAAAGAAUGACAGAGUUUAUGAAUACU